AGUUUCAGCAGCGCCGCCGUAACACAGACGAGGACUCUUUCUUCGCGACAACAGAUCAACACACGCAUAUACAUCGUUAUUCAUCUUUUCUUUUUUCAGCGGAAAGGAUGGCAGGUCCACUUGUCACUUCGUCUCCUCCGCAAGACGAGACUGGUGCGGCAAGCACAGUCGUUGACUGGUCCUACGUGCGGGCCCCACCGCCCCAGUCGUUCGAUUACUUCACCGAGCGCUAUUACCACCAGUACUGCAUCCGCGACACGAAGAAAACGCCUGGCAACAACUGCAGAAUCCUGCAGCACAGCAACGGCAUGUGUGUGCUCUGCGUUGACAGCUCGCAUGUCCUCGUGCAGAAGUGCGCGGCGGAUCCGGCCACCACGGUGACCAAGGUGGAGUUCUUCAAGGGGCGCACGGCCAUCACACCGGAGAGCAUUCAGGUGGUGGGUAAGAAGAAGAAAAACGCGUUGGUGUGUCAGAACGACACCAAAUUGUGCGGCAUCGCACUCUCCGACGGCACGGAGUACACCAUCCCGGCCUGCGUGAACGGCUUCGUGUUGGAGCUGAACGCGACGGUGAUGGAGCAGCCGUGGGUGGUGGCUGCCGCCCCGACGACGGAGGGCUACUUGGCGGUGAUUAACCCCACAUCCAAGGCGGACUUUAGUGGGUACGACAAGGUGUGGACCGCCACUGGCGGCGACGCAGCUGGCGAGGAAGACGAAUGA